AUGUCUGGUCGCGGGAAGAGUCCGAAGAUCGGCAAGAUCGUGCCAUUCAGCGAGAGAGGCUCGUGUGCAACGAUCCAGGAGAUAUGGAGAGUAGACCGCCACCACCAGCGGCAGGAACUCGAUCGCUCCAUCGUCAGGUUCGACGACGUCGAGUCGAGAUCAAUCGAACACGCCAUCAUUGCAAAGUACCAACCGGGUAUUGGAGGCUCCUGUCUAGCGGCUUUCACAGUACAAAGUCCCUACCUCCUCAACUUCCUGUCGAAGGUGUUCAAGGACUAUCCUGACAUCGACACCGCCCCGAACGAAUUCAAGUUCAAAGAGCCCUUCCUCCUGUUCUUCUAUCGCUGGGACCUUUUCGAGCAGCUCAUGCUUGAGGAGAACGAUGAGAAGGUCUUGAGCCAUGUCAGACUGCUCUACGACCUUGUCAGAAAGGAAGUCGAGCCGAAAAAGGAAAAGGUCCGCGACUUCCGCCUGAAGGGCCUGAUUGACUUCGAUCACGUCUUCGCGCUUUUCGAGCCAGGAACGGAGACCGGAAAGACAGGGUACGGGUUGUAUCCGGGGGGUUCGACUUGGGACGGAAUCGGCGCGAAUUCUGGCCAUUUCGCGUUUGCACGCCAGUAUGUCGACGGCAACGGAAAAGAGCUGGGUUAUGUGACAACCAGUGGACAUAUCUCUAAGUUCUCUGGCACGAGACGCAUCACGGAGCUGUCAUGCUUCCCCAUUUCUGAGCUCGCCGACAACACCUUGCGUGCCAAACUCGUCGAACGAGGCCGCCGCUUCGCGCAACUCAAUGGCUACCGUUACAAGUCGUACUUUGGAUAUGUCAUCAUCCCGGAGACUGGGCCUCGCCGCAUCUACAGUAACUACGUCGCUCGAGGAAGGAUCAUCAUCGACCCGAAGACUUACGUCAGGUAUAAUUCGAGCUAUACGUCGGAGGACUUCACGAGCAUCAUAUCAAGGAACGCGCCGAAGGAGAAGCCCGAGACCAGAUCGGACGCCUCCGGGGUGCACGAGUCUCGGGUAGAGCAAAAAGGCGAACCUGAUUCAGGCCAUGGAGAGCUUCUGACGGAGGACCAGUACGCGCUGUGCAGCCCGUAUGUCCGGGGAUAUUGCUUGACCAACAAGUCAUGGGCCAAAUUCAGCGUCGACGAUGUGAGCGAGAUCGUCUGGAAUGACAAGGCUUUCGAAAGCCUAGUGCUGAGCCCCGAAUAUAAGAAAGUCCUGCUCGCCUCAGUGGAUGCCCAGCUGUCGAAAGCGGACGUCUUCGAUGAUGUGAUCCACGGCAAAGGCAAGGGCAUCAUUAUGAUGCUACAAGGAGAGCCCGGCACUGGCAAGACUUUGAGUGCCGAGUCGAUCGCCGAGGAGAUGAAGCAGCCACUCUACAUUAUGAGAGCCGGCGAGCUGGGUGAGGUAGCCUCGGAGGUCGAUACGAAGCUUGAGAGCAUCCUCGACAUGUGCACCACCUGGGGUGCCGUUCUGCUCCUCGACGAGUGCGAUGUCUUCCUCGAGAAGCGCAGGGAGGCGAGCAUGAGCAAGACCAAGCUCGUUGCUGUCUUCCUUCGAUUGCUCGAGUACUACCAAGGUGUCAUGUUCCUCACGACCAACCGCAUCGCCUCGAUCGACCAGGCCUUCGAGUCUCGCAUCCACCUGACGAUCCAUUUCCCACCCCUGGACAUCACGGCACGGCUCGCGAUCUGGCAGAACUUCAUCAAGACAUCUGACAAUCCGGCUUCCGACCCCCCUUCUGCUGCCCAUCAGUCGAAGUGUCAGCUUGAGCAGGGUGAUCUUCUCCGCAUGGCAGAGCUUGACCUGAAUGGACGCCAGAUCAAGAAUGUCGUGUAG